AUGUCUACCCAGCCUACCAAGUCCAAGAAGAACGCAACUGCUGUGGCCCACGUCAAAUCUGGAAAGGGUCUGAUCAAGGUCAACGGUGUUCCAAUCACCCUUGUGGAACCAGAAAUCCUCAGACACAAAGUUUACGAGCCUCUGCUUAUUGUCGGUCUUGACAAGUUUGCCGGCUUGGACAUCAGAAUCAAGGUCACCGGUGGUGGUCACGUUUCCCAGGUUUACGCUAUUAGACAGGCCAUUGCUAAAGGUUUGAUUGCCUACACAGCCAAGUACGUCGACGAGUCAAGCAAGAACGAGCUGAAGAAGAUUUUCACCUCUUACGACAGAACCCUGUUGAUUGCUGACGCUAGAAGAAUGGAGCCAAAGAAGUUCGGUGGUCGUGGUGCAAGAGCCAGAUUCCAGAAAUCCUACCGUUAA